AGCGGGAAGGUUGCUGAAUAUUUUGCAAGGUGAGUGUGUGCCCCCCUAGUUUUUCUAACUUGUUCCUUAUGUUGUUUGGUUCUUUUAGUUAUUCUUUCUUCUGUAUGAGAUAUUGAUUGGAGUGAAAAAUGAAGUGCCAAGUUCCCCAAAUAUCGUGGCAUAGUCGUGAUCCUGUUCUGAGCAUUGAUUUUCAGCCAGGGAAACGAAAUAUUCUGAGAUUGGCAAGUGGAGGUACGGAUUCCCAUGUUCUUAUAUGGUAUGUUACAUAUCAGGAGAACAAAUCGAUCAAGAUUGAAUGUGCUUCUGAUUUGUAUCGACAUAAUAAAUCCGUAAAUGUUGUUCGUUUCUCUCCUGAUGGCGAGUUACUUGCUUCUGGGGAUGAUGAAGGAGCUAUGUUUAUUUGGCAGCUCAAGGAACGUGAGGUCCAAGAUACCCCAAAAGACGAAGAAAAUAUUAACCAAGAAGACUGGUUUCCACUAAAGCUGUUGAGAGGUCAUUUGGAAGACAUUUAUGAUGUAAGCUGGUCUGCAGAUGGAAAUUUUUUGGUUUCAGCAUCUAUGGAUAAUACUUCUAUUAUAUGGGACAUGCAAAAGUUUCAGAAAGUUCACAUUUUGUCUGAUUCAAAAGGAUAUGUUCAAGGUGUUUCUUGGGAUCCCUUAAAUUCUUAUGUAGCUUCACUUAGUUCUGAUCGAGCUUUGAGAAUAUAUAAUAUUAACACAAAAAAAACUGUUUAUAGAAUUCAAAGAGCUCCUUGGACAGUUACGACAGAAAAAGGUACUAUGAAAGCUAGGUUAUUUUUUGAUGAUACAUUGAAGUCUUAUUUUCGAAGACUAUCUUUCACUCCUGAUGGUGAGUUUCUCAUAGUUCCUUCUGGCAUCCUUGAGAGAGAUGAAGAGAAAUUUCAGAAUACUACUUACAUUUUUUCUAGGCAUGCCCUUAACAAGCCUGUGAUUCAAUUACCUACUGGAGAUAAGUAUACAGUUGCUGUGAGGUGUAAUCCUUUUCUAUAUAAACUACGUGGCUCCAAUAAAGAGAGUGAUGAUAAAGAAAACCAACCUAAGACCAAAUCUAUGAUCGAUUUACCUUAUAGAAUGAUAUUUGCUGUUGCUGCCUGUGAAUCUGUAUUAUUAUAUGAUACUGAGCAAUUAUUGCCAUUUGCUUAUAUAUCUAAUAUUCAUUAUACACAUUUAACUGAUUUAACUUGGUCACCAGAUGGAAAGAUUCUAGUUGCUUCCUCAACUGAUGGAUAUUGUUCCUUUUUGGUGUUUGGAGAUGGUGAAUUAGGAGAGGUAUAUAUUCCACCUAAAGAAGAAGUGAUAAUAGAUCAAAAUACUGGUGAUAAAGUAACAUCUGUUCUUGCAGAAAAGGCUAUGCCAAUCAAUAUACUUGAAAGCAGACCUGCUGAGAAAAUUGAGACAUUGAAUGUUCCUAUAGGUAGUGAUUCAAAUGUUACACAUUCUAAAACUUCUGAAAGUUCUGUAGAUAAUUCCAAAUCAAACAAAAAACCCAAGGUAUGCACAAUUAAGAAUUUCUUUAUAUCUCCCAAACCAAAACCUGCUUCUAAUGUUUUACAUUCAACAGAAAUAUCAAGUAGCAAUAAAGAUGCUAAACAGAAUGAUAAAACUGCUAUAAAAGAAGUAAUUUCACCACAAGAACUUGCUACUGAGUCAUUUGUCUCCAAAAAUGAACAACUAAUGGAAAUUGAUAAUGAUAAUUCAUGUUCCAUUGAGGUGGUUUUUGAUGCCAAAGGUGCAACUGCUUUAAAGGAAGAGACAGAUCACAAAAUUCAUUUAUUUGGUAAAAACACCCCAAAAUCUGAUGAAAUCAAACCUUCAGAUGUUGCUGAUAUUCAAACCACUGUUGAAGUUGAUUUGAAUAAUAGCAAUGCUGUUUUAUCUUUUGAGGAUUCAUUAGUUAAAAUUGAAAAUACUGAAAAAAUCCAUGAAGUUGAAAAUGAUUGGAAAUUGGAGCUAUCCCAGGAUGAAGAAAUUCCAAUGGAAGUCUCGGAUCCAAUGCCUUCCACCAGUUCAAGUUUUUCUAAAUCUCCAACAACAUCAGUUGCUCUGAAAACUACAAAUAAAAAUACUAAACGCAGGAUAUCUUUGAUCACAUUGUCAACUAAAACUUCAUUGAAGGCACCCAAAGAAUCUAAUAAAUAGUUGUGCAAUAAUUAUUCCAUAUUUAAUUUUAUAUUAAUUAUUUUAUGAUUUUGCCCAAAAUAUUUUAGGGUAUUUGUAGAAAUUCAUUUAUUUUUAGUAUGUCAAUUCAUUCUGCAUAUAUGAUGGGUUUUAUCAUUUUUAUUUCAAAAGAAAAAUGUUUGUAGUUUUGGAUUUUAUCUGAUUAAUUUUGCAAUAAUUUUUUUUAUAUUUUUAUUUAUUACAAUUUAUUUUAGUGUUUUCAUUCUGUUUGAACAUUUUGCAGAAUGAAUAGUAAAUACUUGAAGCUCGGCCUUUGUUUGAUAUAUAUUUGCCACUCUUUUAAUAAAUGCGAUUUGUGUUGUAGUAGUUAUUCAUAAUAAAAAUAUGUUAUUUUGCAUAAAUGCAGUCUUUGCUUUCUAUUUGUAUAAUUUUUUGUGUUUCCUGAGAGAAGAGAGAGAAAAAAAAAACAUUGAUAUUUUUCUUAAUAUCCCUGUUAAGUUUAAGUAAAGACCUCUGUUUAGACCAAUUGGUCAUUUUAAUAUUGCAGAAGUAGUAUUAAAAUGUUACUUGACAUAAAUACCAUGCCUUGAACAUCAUACUGAGUUUUUGGUAGAAUUAACUUUUUUGGUGUGAUUUUAUAGAAGAUUCUUAAUUGUGUGUGCAGUGGUUUCAAAUGUGAAUUAAUUACUGGAUUUAAUUAAAGAAUGUUAACUAUUGCAUUAUUUAUGUGUUAAAUAUCUAGCUUCGAAUUUCUCAAGUUGUGCUUUUUUUUAAUGCUUAUUUUAAUCUACUUUUAAUGUGGUUUAAUGUACUAAUACAUUUUCAUUACCCAAACAUUAUUUUUUGGAAUUCAUAUUUUUUUAAUAAUUAAAAUCACAUUAAUUUUGAUAUCUCUUUAUAUACAUAACUUAUAUUCGUGUUUAAAAAUAUGAAUUUUUCAGAAUUUUUUUGAAAUUUUCACUUAGUUUUUAUCAUUAUCAUUAGAACUUGGCAUCUUUUAAAUGAAGUUGCAAUUUAUAUGUAUAACUAAUUUACAAAUGUUUCGUUUUAUUCUUGUGGAUUGGCAAGGCAUUUUUGGUUUCAAGUUUUUAAAAAUUAUCAUGGGCACGGAAAUUUGUUCCAUGGAAAUUUUGGAUUUAUUUAUUUCAUUUAUGUGUCAUUAAUUAAAACUAUUGAUAUUAAUAAAAGGCAUAUUUUAAAGGUAUUACUUUUAUUUUUUCCAUAUCAAAUGCUCUUUAGUAAAUAACACAAAUUAACUAUAUGUAGAAAGUUAUGAAGUGUUAAAUUAUCAAAAGUGUAAUAGUAUAGUAUCAAAGAGUAUAUUUCUUAUACCAUCAAGCUAAAGAAAGAACAUAAAACAAGCAACUUUUAUGUUAAUUAUUUUUAUUUAAUAGAUUGUUGAUUACUAGUUUUUAAUAUUUAAAUAUCUCAAUUACUUUUUGCAUACAUUAAUUACCUUUUCGGAUCGUAUUUAGAACUGGGCAUAAUACUAUGGCACAUAACAUUUGAUAUAUUGUUGAUGCAUUUAU